CAGCCCGAUAGCUGCGAUCAAAAAGAGCGAACAACGAGGGCGAGCGGUGAAGGAAGGAGAGGCCAGGAGAACGGGACUGUCGCUACGUUUACUUUAUCCGCGGGGCUUAGCUAUACUUGUUGUAUCGUACUCGAACUAGAGCACUAAGCUUAUCGUAAGGCCGAAAGUUCGUAGCACUGACGACGUCAAGUUGAAGAGCAGCUCGUAAGACCUGUCGCUUCUGAAUGGUUUCCGUGGUUUCGCUUCGAGCCUAGACAAUAUGGCCCGGAAAGGGAAGGCUGAAACCACGGCGCCAAACACGAAGUCCGGCGGUGGCCAAACAGGUCCUGGAAAAAACAGCGUUGGAGGUUCUAGUGAUUCGGGCAGCUUGGACGACGACCCAAGGGCCUCCGACGGGUACGAGGCGCCGCGGCCGAAGCGCGGACGCAGGCGGCGGCGCGACGCCAGCUCCCGGAUGUGCGGCAUCUGCGAGAGGACCUUCAGCAACCGCUCGGCCGUGCGGAGACACCUGGUGACCCACACGGGCGCGAAGGACUUCUCGUGCACCGUGUGCGGCCGCCAGUUCGCCCUGAAGGGGACCCUCGUGGCCCACACGCUCACCCACUCGGGAGCCAAGCCCUAUCACUGCCGCCUGUGUCCCGGCGUGUUCUCGCAGCGCUGCUCGCUCAACCGCCACCUUCGAAGGACGCACAAGCGGGAAAAGUGAGACUUUCGUCGGGGAGCCCGAGGUAGCUUCUCGUCGUCCACGCUUUGGGUCGUUCUUCGUGCGGAGGACAAGACUUCCCUUUGUCCGCGGAUGGAAGUUGGCUUCGAAAGGGAACCGCGUGACACCGAACCGAUGAGCUAGUCCACUGACGUUCGCGUUGGAGAGACGUACAUACUCCGCAUCGGUCCAGGACACCCGGUAGCUUACUUUGUUCUCGUUUGUUCUCGCGCGAUUUGUCCACUGUGAAACACGUGACACAACGCCCGCGGGCCAGCCAGGCAAGACGUGUGGACGAGGUCGUCUUCCCACGGCGCCGUCGACAGCGAAACUGUGGUUGGUCCAGCACAAUGCUGCUGCGAUUCCAGGGACGAGUCCAGCCGUGGUCGUACCGACGUGUGUGACACGAGUUCGUGUGAAAACUCCAGGCCGGGUUAGAUGUCUCUUGCCGGGCGAAGGGAGGGUGUGCGUUGUGGUAUCUGUCUUGUUUAUUUGUUGGCGGGCGGGAGCAGUGAGUUACAGUACACCGUGUGUUACCCCCGUGAACACCGUUCUCUACGAGUCGUUUGCUUUUCACUGCGUAUAAGUUAUUGCAGUUAUUAACUGCGUGAUAAUUAAACCUUUACAUUCUCUGUUUUCUUUUA